UGGAACUUUCUAACCUGGCAGUUUUCACUUUUCAUUUCUCAGAUUUCACUCUCAGACAGAACAGUUGAUGUUGACACACUGUUCAUUAAAAAUAGCAUCCACUGUAUUUUUCCCCAUGUUGUAGCUCGUGGGCUUGUGUCACCUUAACCCAUAGAGUCCAUGUUCAUUUUCAAGCAAGUUAUUACUUUCGUGAUUUCAGGUGUUACAUUCAGAAGGGUACCAUGCUGCAAUUCGAGCCUGCAGUUUCCAGAGUAAUCCCAAUGUGGAAGAUUUUGAAAAACCUCUUCAAACAAGGAGCUGAACCCACAGAAUUAUGUGACCAACAAAGCCUGAGCCUUUUGCUUCACAAUGCAGUCCAGAUCCCUCGGCAGCUGGGUGAGGUACCUUCAUUUGGAGGCAGCAACAUUGAACCAAGUGUCCGCAGUUGCUUCCAACAUGGCCAGAACAAACCAGAGAUUGAUGUUAAACACUUUGUAGAGUGGAUGAGAUUGGAGCCUCAGUCCAUGGUGUGGCUGCCUGUUCGACACCGUGUGGCAGCUGCUGAAACUGCAAAACAUCAGGCUAAGUGUAACAUCUGCAAAGAGUACCCACUCGUAGGUUUCAGACAACAUCAGGUGAAGAUGUGCGUGAUUUCACCAAGGUGCUGAAAAAUAAGUUCAGAUCAAAGAAAUACUUGGCCAAGCAUCCUCGUUUGGGUUAUUUCCCAGUACAAACAGUCCUAGAAGGACACAAUCAUCGCCUUGGAAGCUUCAUCACGAUACUACUUUGCAUUUCUGAAGAGGGAAGAAGAAAUCAACAUGCAAAUUCAAUUCCAUGGUUUUGGAAGUCCCUUUGAGAACACGAUUCAUUUGCGCCGGCAUAAUGCU